AUGACUUCAGCUCCACUCACCUACCUUCCUGCUCUAGACAUCUUAAGCAGAGUUUGCCCGAGCAAAAUCUGCUUGAAGCUCUGUCCUGCUUCUCUGAUACCUUCGCUGCUCGUUGCCGAAAUGCGACCGAAAAGCCGCAUUGAUUUUGCGAUCGCGAUUAUCUGCGCCCUCCCUCUCGAGGCGGAAGCGGUCGAAGCCCUUUUUGAUGAAACCUACAAUCGGUUUGGGAAACACUACGGCAAACAACGGGGCGACGCGAAUGCAUACGUAAAUGGACGGAUUAGCAAGCACGAUGUGGUCCUGUGCUAUAUGCCUGGAAUGGGCAAGGGAAGUGCAGCCAGUGUUGCCUCCAGCCUGCUAGUCAGCUACACAGGCAUCAAGCUUGCUUUGGUGGUUGGUAUCUGUGGAGGCGCCCCACCGCCACCCAAAUAUCAAGAGAUAUUCCUUGGCGAUGUGAUCAUCAGUGACUCGGUGAUCGAAUAUGACUUUGGCAGACAGUACCCUGGUGGGUUUCAACCGAAGACUGGUCUGAAGGACACGCUAGGUAGGCUUAGUCGAGAAAUUCGGGCUCUUCUAAAUGGCCUUCGCGCCGAGAAUGCCCGCAGUGAACUCCAGGAUCAGACACAACAGUAUCUUCACUCCCUUCAACAGACAGGGACCAAGUGGUGUCAUCCCAGGGUCCGUGAUGUCCUUUUCCAGGCCUCUUAUCCUCACAAGCAUUCUGACCAUGCUUCUCCUGCUGGGUGCUCCUGUUCUGGGAGUGACGUACCUGACCAAAUUUGCGAAGAGGCAUUAGGCAAGGAGUGCGACGAGCUGGAGUGCGACCAAGGUCAACAAGUCCGAUGUCGAGAGAUUUCGGACGCCAUCCAGACCUCCAUAUAUAUUGGACCCGUUGCCUCUGCCGACACGGUGGUGAAGUCUGGACAGCAUCGUGAUGAGAUUGUCAAAAGAGAGAAGGUCAUUGGGUUUGAGAUGGAGGGAACAGGGGUAUGGGACAAUGUUCCAUGUGUUAUUAUCAAGGGGGUAUGUGACUAUGCCGACAGCCACAAGAGCAAGGUGUGGCAGGCAUAUGCAGCAGCAACCGGAGCGUCGGUGGCAAAGGCUUUCUUGGAGUACUGGAUGCCGGCAAACCAUAAAGAUGCGAGCAACAAUCGGCACCUAAUGAUCCCAUUUGAGAAAAAUUUGCAUUUCGUGGGCCGCCAGGACGAGAUUAGGAAGAUAGAGGAUUUAGUCUCUAAGCCAGACGGACCGAGAAAGCUUGCUAUUACUGGAUUGGGGGGGGUGGGGAAGACCCAAAUUGCGCUGGAGCUAGCUUACCGUAUGCGAGACAGAGAGCCUGAAUGUUCGAUCUUCUGGAUCCCGUGCACCAGCUACGAGGCUGUUGAACAGGCUUGCAUGAGCAUUGCGCAACUGGUGGGGCUCCAUAAUGUGGAGCCAGCCGAGGUGAAAGAGCGGCUCCAGGCUUUCUUCAGCCAGACCGACGAGAAGUGGAUCCUUAUUUUCGACAAUGCAGAUGCAAUGGAUAUGUGGGUUACGGACAAACCCCCGGCACCACCACUCAAGAAUAUCAUCCCUCGGAGUGAGAAUGGCCAUGUACUCUUCACCUCGCGCAACCGCCAGCUUGCAUUGAAGCUGGCAGCAACAAACGUGAUCUCUGUUCCCGACGUGGAUCAGAAGACUGGCAAGGAGAUCUUCAGGAAACUACUAAUACAGAAAGAUCUACUUCGAGAUGAUCACGUGGCAGACGCACUCCUUGAGCAGCUUGCUUUUCUCCCUUUGGCAAUCAGCCAAGCCGCGGCUUACAUCAAUCAGAACGGCAUUUCCUUAGCAAGAUAUAUGUCAUUGCUGGGUGAACAGGAGGCAAGCACAAUAGAACUGCUUAGCGAGGAGUUUAAGGAUGACGGACGCUACGCAGAGAUCCAGAAUCCAGUGGCUACGACUUGGCUGGUCUCCUUCAUGCAAAUCCAGCGGGUGGAUCAAACAGCAAGCGACUAUCUGUCGUUCAUGGCUUGUAUUAACCCACGGGAUAUACCAGAGUCGAUUCUGCCGGCCACAGCUUCGGCAAAAAGAAAAGUGGAAGCAUUAGGUCUUCUCAAAGCAUAUUCCUUUGUAAGCGCACAGGUUGAUGACAGCAUUUUUAGUCUUCAUCGACUGGUGCAUCUUGCCACUCGAAACUGGCUUAGAAAAACAGAGAAUCUUGAGAGUUGGGUAGAAAAAGCAGCCGACCAGUUGGACAAGAUUUUUCCAAAUAGCAACCAUGACAAUCGACAAAAGUGGAGGGAAUGCCUAUCUCAUGCACUGUAUCUGGCGAACAGCGCAGAAUUCCAGGCACACCAGGACAACUACCAUGACUUUCUUGCAAGAAUAGGAGACUGCCUGCAGAGUGAUGGAAGAUAUAGCGAGGCAGAGAUUGUAUUUCGAAACGUCCUAGAGAUGCUAGAAAGACCCUGCGCACCUGAGCAUCCUAAUACUCUUACCAGUGUCAGCCAACUGGGUUGGGUACUUGCGCGACAGGGCAAGUAUGAGGAGGCAGAGGCCAUGCACCGACAAGCACUCCAAGGUCGUGAGCAGAUCCUUGGUCCCGAGCAUCCUGAUACUCUUACCAGUGUCAGCCAACUGGGUUGGGUGCUUGAUAACCAGGGCAAGUAUGAGGAGGCAGAGGCCAUGCACCGACAAGCACUCCAAGGUUAUGAGCAGGUCCUUGGUCCUAAGCAUCCUGAUACUCUUACCAGUGUUAGCAAUCUUGGUUCAGUACUUGAUAACCAGGGCAAGUAUGAGGAGGCAGAGGCUAUACACCGACAAGCACUCCAAGGUCGUGAGCAGAUCCUUGGUCCCGAGCAUCCUGAUACUCUUACCAGUGUCAGCCAACU